UGCGGCACAUUCUUUCCUUAAUACUCAGAUUAAUCAAACAAAUUUCCACAAGGCUUAUGAAGUGUGUAUAUUCUGUAGUGCACCUUAUGUGUACCAUUUUUUUUGCUUGAUACUUGAGCCAAAAUCUACACCUUGACAAAGACACUUAGAUGAUACUUAGACCACCCUACUACCACCCUACACUUUUUGCAUACAUAAAUCCUGCAUCAUUCCCUUGUUCCUGCCAUAUCAAAUUUAACUGAAAUUUAUCCUUUCCCAAGCAAGGUGCAGUCCACAACAGUGGAGCCUAGUUUACAUAGCUGUUCUUGCAAGUUGCGGGACUGCAACAGUGCAACGUCAUCCGACACUGUCAUUUGGUCAUGCAAUGUGGCCACGUGGUGAAGUCACAUGGAAUCAUAAGCGCGUCUCAACUCCGACUCACGCCCCUUCCACCACCUAUAAGUUACAAUCUGAGAGCAGCGUACUCAUAUAUGUCAAAGGUGACGCCUACAAAUGCGGGAGAAAAUGUGUAUAAGAAGAGAGAGCAAGAUUCUAUUCCAGCGCCCUUGGACUAUAGCUCUGAUUCAGAGUUCGCUGCUGGACCAGUUAAACCCAUGGAAAAGGGGUCUGGGAAGAGGAGAAAUACCAAGUCAAAGCGGGAAAGCAUUAGGCCUGCCAAAAAAAGGAAAGUCGUGUGGUCAGAUAGCGAAGAUGAAGAGUGGAUGACUUCCUUCGACUCCUCUGUGAAUGCUACUAAUAAAUCUCAGAUAAACGGGAAACAUACAAUUAAAAACCCGCUAGCGAAAUAUUUUGUCGAGAUCGAUCAUGGGUCAGAAGAUGAUGCCGACGACGAGAUGCAGAUUGAAGAUGAUAUUGACAUUGACGAAGACAGACAGUCUGGUGAAGACGAGGACCCAGCGCAUAUUCCAAAAACCAUGGCAGCGUUCCUCCCAAUGAUAAAUACACGUCGUAUCAAUAUACCCCCUCAAACUGCAGUUAAAGAUGUCGAACAGACAUCCCACACUGAAGACGAUUCAUCACAUACUGAAUCAGACUCAGAACCUCCGUUUCCAUCAACUACGUCGAUUAAAAAAGCGGAUUCGUCUCACACAGAGGACGAUUCCGACAUCGAGCUUGAAAUCGAGAAAGGAGAUUAUUUUUCGCAGAACAGGAAUGAAUCUGACAAAGAAAUGGAUUCACCCAUAAAUCCGAGGCCUGGAUUCCAAUCACCAGAAUCGUCAGUCAACGAGCCAUUCUUUCUAGACCCCGGAAAUAAUAUCAAAAUACCCUCAACAAUUAACAUAUUUCUUCGUGAUUACCAACGAAACGGCGUCCAGUUCUUCUACGAGAGAUAUCGGGCAGGCCGUGGAGGCCUUUUGGGUGACGAUAUGGGACUUGGUAAAACUGUGCAGGUCAUCGCCUUUCUGUCAGCUAUAAUGGCAAAAACGGGUUUUGAAUCUGACGAAGAUCGUCGACGGAACCACGUACGAGAUCUUCAGAACCAGCCAGGAUGGAAGAAAACUAAGAAGUUACCCCCUGCUAAUGGGACGUGGCCGACGUGCCUCAUAGUCGCACCAAGUUCAGUUGUCCACAAUUGGGAACGAGAGCUUCAGACAUGGGGAUAUUUCGAAUUCGGUGUAUACACAGCACCUCCUAAAGAACGGGCACAUGUGUUGAAGGAUUUCAAGCUUGGGAGGUUAGACAUAGUGUUGACGUCGUUUGACAUCGCCCUCAAAGACAUUGACCUAUUGGAUAACUUGCAGUGGUCCUGCAUAUUUGUUGAUGAGGUUCAUCGUGUAAAGAACCUAUCUUCACAAAUUUCCCUUGCGCUGCACCGAUUCGAAUGUCUACGUCGGUUUGGUCUCACUGGUACUGCGAUUCAGAACUCUUAUGACGAGUUACACGCCAUCCUUCAUUGGACUGACCCCGGCCGUUUGGGCAUGACUAAACAUUGGAAAUCAUUGAUUUCGCAGCCUUUGAGACGCGGUCAGUCCAGUACUGCCACAGAUGCCGAAAAAGCCAAAGCAUUGAUUAUUUCAGAUAUAUUAGUUCGAAAAUUAUUGCCUGAAUUCUUUCUAAGAAGGACCAAAGAUCUCAUUAAAGACCAACUCCCCACGAAAACAGAUAUCGUUGUUUUCUGCCCACUAGCUCCCACACAACUAGCCGCGUACAAACGCAUCCUUCAGAAGCCAGAAGUUCGGCAUCUAAUUGAAAUGAAUGAUCCAUGUGAAUGUGGGUCAGGUUAUAUGACAAAAGAAUGUUGUCAUCCUUACAGAAAGGAGAACGCGCUCCGUUAUAUGACAGUCUUGCUACAACUCUCCAAUCAUCUUGGAUUGAUAUUACCCAAUUCAAAUCAGAAGCCAGAACAACUUGCACGAAACAGAGAACUGGCAAAAUGGAUCUUCCCGGAUAGUAAUAUGCCAAAUCGAAUCCAGAUCGAAUUCGGGAAAGAUUUUUGUGGCAAGUGGAGGGUACUAGAGACUCUGUUACAAGAAAUUCGGCAAGAUCGUUCCAAUAAAGUGCUUAUAUUCACAAAGUCUGUUCAACUGUUGAAAAUUGUCCAAAAUUACCUGGAGACGCAGCCAUAUCAAUAUUGCGCUUUUUCGGGCGAGACGCCGCAGAAAGACAGAAUGGGUUUAAUUGACGAAUUCCAUUCAAACCCGGAGAUCUUCGUGUUUCUCAUUUCGACUCUUGCUGGAGGCACUGGUCUUAAUCUCACAGGUGCCAACCAUGUCGUGAUAUUUGAUCCUCACUGGAAUCCCGCUCACGAUCUGCAAGCCAUGGACAGAGCGUAUCGAAUCGGUCAAACUCGCCCUGUCAAAGUUUAUCGCCUACUCGGAGCAGGCGCGCUGGAAGAGUUGAUAUACAAUUGUCAAGUAUACAAGCAACAGCAAAUGCGGAUCGGGUACGAAGCUAGUAUACAGACUCGCUACUUUGAAGGCGUCAAAAAUGAUCCACAGAAGCGGGGGGAACUUUUUGGUCUGAAAAACAUAUUCCGACUCGACGAGAGGAAGAUAGCUACAAAAGCCUCAAUUGAGGAAGCCAAUCAGGCUCAACUCGAUUGGGCUUUUGCUAAUGUUGACACUAAAGGUAUCAAAGGAGACUCGAAUGACCUGGAGAGUAUGGCAGGACUAGAUGAUUUUGUCAUGGAUGACUCUGUUAAAUCUAACCCUGCCGGAGAGGGAAAAGAGGGGAGCAGAAUUGACAAGAUUUUCGAGACCGUUGGCAUUACCUACACACAUGACAAUGCAGAAAUCCUAAAGCAGAAUGAUAUCGAGGUAGAGAAGGCAAAAAAUCUUCUUAGACAGUUGAAAUCUUCAGGGAAGCGUUCCGGUCGCAGUUCCUGGCCGAGUGUCCAUGAUUCCCGGUCUCAAAAGGGCUCUCGGCGCAAAAGUGGUGCGAGCAAAGGAAAGAGCGCCAACAAUCCCGCUGAACCCGCUGAACCCAAGGCACAAUGGCCGCCUGUUCGAAAACACCAUCACCCGAAAGUUACCCCCCAACAACAAGCCGAAGCUCGUUACGAAGCACUCAUUGAUCUGGGGCUGAUUCAAAAUUUUGAUGACAUCAAAGAAAAGUUUGUCCCUCAGUUUCUUAAGAGCAAUCUGGAUGAACAGAAAAAGUGCUUGAGAGUUCUUGAUGAACACAAACGGCAAAUGGACAAGGAUAAAACGAACGCAGCGGCUGUGCGUCAAGCCAACGGUGAUAGCUCUGACUGAUUUGACCUCACCACAUAUCCCUUUCUGUUAUGGGGACCUCUAUACUUAUUGAAAUCCUGCUGUCAAUGUUGUCGUUUCAACCGUAUAUUUAUUUUUAUGUACAUAACGCGUUUCUUGUGGUUUC